AUGAUGAAGAUGAAUCUCCCCAAACACUGUCAUAAAGUUCUAUUACCACUAUCACUGUUGCUGGCAUUGUUGUUGAAGCUGGAGCUGUGCUGCGGGGUCCUGAUAGAGGUGGAGGAAGACCUGAGGUGGCACCUGGCCGACCGCAGCCUCGUCGCCAAGCUUGGGGCCUUUGUCUGGUCCAUGACACAGCCGCUUGACGCCCAGUGCCUUCGUCGGCGCCGGCAGGAAGGAUCUACCUGGCACCCGUCCAUGUGGGGCGUGGAUGACGAACUGUGGCAGCUCCGGACGCUGGAGGGCAGCUUCAGGAGCCUGGUGUCCUCCAUGCCCCUGCUGGGGUCGGUCUUCCCCAGCCGGGUGAGGGACGGUGUCCUGGACAGGAGUCCCUGGGCGAGGGUGCCUGUCCUCGGCACACUGUACCGGCUACUGCUGCAGGGCAACCGCGUGCAGUACCUCAGGUGCCUGCUGCCGGAGCUGACGCAUUACCAAGUGUGGCGCGAGGCCUUCAUGUGUCUCUCACUGGCGCUAGUCGAGCUCGUCCUUAUCGGGAAGAUUAUGUUCCGCCCGGACGAUGACUGUCUACCAGCUGUCGGUGAAGACAGCAGUGCACUACCAUCUGUCGGUAAAGACAGCAGUGCACUACCAUCUGUCAGUGAAGACAGCGGUGCACUACCAGCUGUCUGUGAAGACAGCAGUGCACUACCAUCUGUCGGUGAAGACAGCAGUGCACUACCAUCUGUCGGUGAAGACAGCAGUGCACUACCAACUGUCGGUGAGGACAGCAGUGCACUACCAGCUGUCGGUGAAGACAGCAGUGCACUACCAUCUGUCGGUGAGGAUAGCAGUGCACUACGAGCUGUCGGUGAAGACAGCAGUGCACUACCAUCUGUCGGUGAAGACAGCAGUGCACUACCAUCUGUCGGUGAGGAUAGCAGUGCACUACGAGCUGUCGGUGAAGACAGCAGUGCACUACCAUCUGUCGGUGAAGACAGCAGUGCACUACCAUCUGUCGGUGAGGACAGCAGUGCACUACGAUCUGUCGGUGAGGACAGCAGUGCACUACCAUCUGUCUGUGAAGACAGCAGUGCACUACCAUCUGUCUGUGAAGACAGCAGUGCACUACCAUCUGUCUGUGAAGACAGCAGUGCACUACCAUCUGUCGGUGAAGACAGCAGUGCACUACCAUCUGUCUGUGAAGACAGCAGUGCACUACCAUCUGUCGGUGAAGACAGCAGUGCACUACCAUCUGUCGGUGAAGACAGCAGUGCACUACCAUCUGUCGGUGAAGACAGCAGUGCACUACCAUCUGUCUGUGAAGACAGCAGUGCACUACCAUCUGUCGGUGAAGACAGCAGUGCACUACCAUCUGUCGGUGAAGACAGCAGUGCACUACCAUCUGUCGGUGAAGACAGCAGUGCACUACCAUCUGUCUGUGAAGACAGCAGUGCACUACCAUCUGUCGGUGAAGACAGCAGUGCACUACCAUCUGUCGGUGAGGACAGCAGUGCACUACCAUCUGUCUGUGAAGACAGCAGUGCACUACCAGCUGUCGGUGAGGACAGCAGUGCACUACCAUCUGUCUGUGAAGACAGCAGUGCACUUCCUACUGUCUGUGAAGACAGCAGUGCACUACCAUCUGUCUGUGAAGACAGCAGUGCACUUCCUACUGUCGGUGAGGACAGCAGUGCACUACCAUCUGUCUGUGAAGACAGCAGUGCACUUCCUACUGUCGGUGAGGACAGCAGUGCACUACCAUCUGUCUGUGAAGACAGCAGUGCACUACCAUCUGUCUGUGAAGACAGCAGUGCACUUCCUACUGUCGGUGAAGACAGCAGUGCACUACCAUCUGUCUGUGAAGACAGCAGUGCACUUCCUACUCAGUGCACUCCAUCUGUCGAAGACAGCAGUGCACUACCAUCUGUCGGUGAAGACAGCAGUGCACUACCAUCUGUCGGUGAAGACAGCAGUGCACUACCAUCUGUCGGUGAAGACAGCAGUGCACUACCAUCUGUCGGUGAAGACAGCAGUGCACUACCAUCUGUCGGUGAAGACAGCAGUGCACUACCAUCUGUCGGUGAAGACAGCAGUGCACUACCAUCUGUCGGUGAAGACAGCAGUGCACUACCAUCUGUCGGUGAAGACAGCAGUGCACUACCAUCUGUCGGUGAGGACAGCAGUGCACUACCAUCUGUCGGUGACACCUCCAAGAACAUGGAUCCAGCCCGAGACGUUGAGCACUCCCCGAAGGAUCGGCAUCCUUGGUCUGUCACCUCUCUAGAGCUUCGUCCCUCGAGCGAUGGACAGGUUUCAGAGCUACUGAUUGAUAUGCGUCAUGAAGACCUCCAGGUAACCAUUACGAGUGAAGUUAGCUUCCACACUGAUCCAUCUAAACCUCUGUAUUUAAGAGAUAUGGAGUCCAUGUUGAAUCUCGUAACCAACAAGGAGGCGUUCUGCAGGCACAUCGAGGACAACUACGGUUUCCCUGACAUAGCCGGAGACGACUUGGCUGCAGACCAAAUUGCUGAAUGGCUAACAGAGAUAAUAACAGCCAUGGUGCUUUCGGUGUCGGUGGAGAACC